AUGAAGGCAGCCCGUGGAAUGCUGCUCCUUAUGGUAACGGCGAUGUUGCCGAUAUUCGCUGUGCAAGCGACGAGUGACGUAGCAACGGUUGCGGGACGGGAGACUAGUACGGUCAACUACACCAGCUACCGGUUGCCGCGCUCGUUCCGCCCGAAACACUAUGACCUGCAGGUUUUUACGCAUCUCGGAGACGAGCGAGGCUUCAAGUUCAACGGUCAUGUGCUGAUACGGAUGAUUUGUGACGAGGAUGCAACCAACGUAACGCUUCAUUCGAAGAACCUAACGCUGAUGGAGCAGGAAAUAACGCUCACCGAGCUGGAGACGAAUGAGAAUCGGCGGCCGAUCAGCAUCAAGCGUGUGCAGUACCUGCCCGAGAAUGACUACGUUGUACUACACGUCGGCGAGGCGAUGAAGAAGAACAACCACUACGAAGUACGGAUACCCUUCGAAAGCGCCCUCGGAACCGGGCUUCUCGGGUACUAUCGUAGCAGUUACGUCGAUACGAAGACCCGCACCAAAACCUGGCUUUCGGUGACACAGUUCGAACCAACGCACGCCCGCCAAGCGUUUCCCUGUUUCGAUGAACCGGAGCUGAAGGCCACGUUCGAUGUGUCGUUAGCGCACCACGGACGAUACGUAGCCCUCAGCAAUAUGCCGGUGAACCGCUCGGAACCGAUCGCCACCAUGAAGGAUUGGGUGCUGGACGUGUUCGAGCGUACGGUGCCGAUGUCCACCUACCUGGUGGCUUACACGAUCAACGACUUCGAGUACCGGGAGGCGAUGACGCGCAACCCGGGCGAUGUGCUGUUCCGGAUCUGGGCACGGCGCGAUGCCCUCGAUCAGGUUGACUACGCGCGCGAUGUUGGACCGCGCGUCACGCGGUUCUACGAGGAGUACUUCGAGCAGCCGUUUCCGUUGCCCAAGAUCGACAUGAUUGCGAUACCGGAUUUUGCGUCCGGAGCGAUGGAGAACUGGGGAUUGAUCACGUACCGCGAGACCGCCUUGCUGUACCAUCCGAACGUAUCGACUGCCAGCAGUAAGCACCGGGUUGCGUCGGUGAUUGCGCACGAGCUGGCUCACCAGUGGUUCGGUAACCUGGUCACGAUGCGCUGGUGGACCGAUCUGUGGCUGAACGAAGGUUUCGCGACGUACGUCGCUAGUUUGGGUGUCGAAGAGCUGCACCCCGAGUGGCAUUCGCUGACCGAGGAAUCGGUCUCGAAUUCGCUCGAUAUUUUCAAAUUCGAUGCGCUGCUCUCCAGCCACCCGGUCUCGGUGGAGAUCGGUCACCCGAACCAGAUCUCGCAAAUUUUCGACGCCAUUUCGUACGAGAAGGGCUCCACGGUGAUCCGCAUGAUGCACCUGUUUCUGGACGAAGAAACCUUCCGCAACGGGGUGGCUCGGUACCUGCGGCGCCACGCCUACGGCAGCGCCCAGCAGGACGAUCUGUGGGCUGCGCUGACCGAGGAGGCCCACGCAAACGGCGUACUGCCCGAUGAGAUCAGUGUGAAGAGUGUGAUGGACUCUUGGACACUACAGACCGGCUACCCAAUCGUGACGGUGUCCCGUAACUACGCCGCCAACACGGCCGAAGUGUCCCAGGAGCGGUUCGUUUCGUCGCCGCCCGCAGAACGCAACGCAACGUCCGAUCAGUGCUGGUGGAUACCGUUGACGUACGCAUCCGGUGCUGAUCCCGACUUUAACGACACCGCACCGAAAGCUUGGAUGGAGUGUGGCGGCGGCGGUGGCGGCGGCGGCGUGCAGCGCAACGGUUCCCAGCGGACGCUCGACGAUCUGCCCGACGGCAAACACUGGGUGAUCUUCAACGUACAGCUGGCCGGUUUGUACAAAGUCAAGUACGAUGUGCCGAACUAUCGGCUGAUAGUGGCGCAACUGAACGGGCCAAACUAUGCGGCGAUCGGGCCGAUCAAUCGGGCCCAACUGAUCGACGAUGCCAUGGAUCUUGCGUGGGCCGGCCAGCAGCAGUACGGCAUUGCGUUCGCGAUGAUGAACUACCUACGGCAGGAGCACGAGUACUUACCGUGGAAAUCGGCACUAACCAACCUGAAUGGCAUCAACCGGCUACUGAAACGAACGCCGAUUUACGGGAUCUUCAAAAGCUACAUCCAAUACAUACUGGAACCAUCGUACGAGCGACUGAAUGUGUUCGGCAAUCUGUCCGCCCUCGAGUCUGUGCGGCUCGAUGCCUUGAAACAUCUGACCCUGAUCGCUUCCUGGGCAUGCCGGUUCGACGUUGGUGACUGCGUCGAACGCUCGGUGCACCUUUUCGCGGACUGGAUGAUGGCUGCGAGCCUAAGCCCGGAAAAGGCGAAUCCCGUGCCGGUCAACUUGCGACCGGUCGUCUACUGCAACGCUAUCAGCAACGGCAACGAAACACAGUGGAACUUCCUGUGGAAACAGUACCUCCACAGCAACGUCGGCUCGGAGAAGGUUAUGAUCAUCAGUGCGCUCGGGUGCACGCGAGAUGUGAGGCUCGUGGAGCGCUUCCUGCACUGGUCACUAAACAGCACCUCCGGUGUGCGGAAGCAGGAUGCAACCAUACUUUUCAGAGGUGUCGUCAAGAGCGACGUUGGUUUCGAUUUGGCGAAAAGCUUCUUCCUCGAGCGUAUAACGGAGAUACACAGCUACCUAAGUCCGGAUACUUCACGUCUGUCGCGGUUCGUGAAACCGCUGGCUGAGCAAAUGUCGUCGCUCGCCGAAGUACAGGAGCUGCGAUCGCUGAUCGACGAGAGGGGUUCCAUUUUCGACAAGGCCACACAAGGUGUCAAGCAAGCCAUAGAGACGGUCGAAAUUAAUGCACGCUGGAAACGAAUCAACUAUGCACAGAUGAUGCGAUUCCUGCCGUUGUUAAGUCUUCGCUCGACCAACGCAGACAUUAUGAACCUAAUCGAGGACACUCCCCCCGCCGCCGCGAAGUAGGGGGGCGCGGCGGCGCGUUCACUCGGAACUGGUCGCACAUGGUACUUAACACAACCGAUCAUCUGCUGUUCACACUAGCUGUGAUCAUACUGUUUAUGGCAACAACAAAAAAUGUUUUACGAUGUUUUGUUAUUUCGGUGCGAAAAAAAACCCUGAUCGUAGAUCGCCAUCGAAAUGGAAGGAAAUUGAACGUCUAAAAUGAGAUAAUAAGAAGCGCUCCAAAU